AUGGCAGACAGAGGUGAUAGAGGCGGCCGUGGGGGCCGAGGACGUGGUGGUCGCGGCCGAGGUGACGGCGGUGGUCGAGGCGAUGGCGGCUUUCGAGGCGGCCGAGGUCGCGGAGACGGAGGACGUGGUGGUGGAGACUCCGGCGGCUUCCGAGGUGGAGGGCGAGGAGAUUACAGAGGACGCGGCGACUUUAGAGGACGUGGCGACUCUAGGGGACGAGGCGAUUUUAGAGGUGGCCGCGGAGGUUUUGACCGUGGUCGAGGAGGAGGGCGAGGCGGCCGUGGUGGCGGCCGAGGAGGGGGAGGAUUCGGCGAUCAACCGCUCAUCUUCACCAUGGGCGGAGCUAUUCCGCAGCCUGAUCCCGCCACAACGAAGCUUGAGAAUGAGACGGUUCAACAUCAAGCAUCCUCUACCCAACAGCUCGUCUCAAAGAUGGGCAAGCUCGAGCUCGGAGCCAAGAAAUCUCAGGAGGAGGACAAGUUCCCUGCUCGGCCUGCGUUUGGUACCAGAGGUAACCCAGUCACCCUCUGGGCUAAUUACUAUGGCAUCAAGACAAAGUUCCCCGUCCUUUACAAGUACACUAUUACGGUCAAGGAGAUUAUCGCCGAGGAGGAGGGUGCUGCCAAGUCCAAGGGCAAAGGAAAGCAGCCCAAGCAGCCCAAGCCUCGGGAUGUCAAAGGCCGGAAGCUACACUUGGUCAUUUGCGAGGUUCUGAAGCAACUGACAAAGAACGACAAGUCCCUAGUCAUCGCAACCGAGUUCAAGUCGCAGCUGGUUUCCCUACAGAAGCUCGACCUGGAGAACGACAACACUCUGCGUGUCAGCGUGGCCACGGCAGAAGGCGCUGACAAGAUGGACGUCUUUGAAGUUGAGAUCCAUGGACCCGACGAAAUACGCAUGAACGACCUGUUCGAGUACCUCAAUUCGACUACUGGCGGCACCUCUGCCAAGAGGCUUGGUGCUCCUGGUGACGACCAAGACCCUGCCAUCGCCCUCGACUUCCCCAAGUUUCCCGAUGUUGUCGAUUGCCUCAACGUCAUCUUUGGGUACGGUCCCCGGUCCAAUACCAAUGACAUCAGCGCGGUCGGGAGAUCGCGUUUCUUCUCCUUCAAGAACGGUGGCAUCACGACUGACCUCGGUCGGUCUUUGAUUGCUGCCCGUGGAUUCUUCCAGUCUGUGCGUCUUGGAACAGGCCGUCUUCUCCUCAAUGCCAACGUCACGCAUGGAAUCUUCAAGGUGGCUGGCAAAUGCGAUCAGAUCUUUCGCAAUCUCAAUGUGUAUGCGGCACCUAGAUCCGAUGGGAGGGCCAAGAAAAACGUCAACCUGAUCAGCAAGUUCCUCCCCAAGACACGUGUCUGGGUUACUAUGAAAGUCUCGGACGGGAAAACGGUCAGGAGAUCCAAGGCCAUAUUUGGGAUCGUCAAGGCCUCAAAUGCGAGAAGCUUCUCAGGGCCCAACGCUCCUCGCAUUGACGGUGAUUGGGAGUAUCCUGGACCCAAGAACGUGAGCUUUUACCUGGACAAUCGCUACGUGACGGUUUUCGACUACUACCGUUCAAAGUACAACUUCCAGCCUCAGAAUUACCCCCUUCUCAAUCUCGGAACCGCGUCCAAGCCGACUUUCGUUCCCGCCGAGUUUGUCGAGAUUCAGCCUGGACAAUCAGUCAAGGCCAAGCUCAAUAGUCGAGAGUCGACCGAGAUGGUCAACUUUGCCUGCCGAAGCCCUUAUGCCAACGCCUUGUCUAUCACUGGGAAGGGACGCGAGACUCUGGGUCUCGAUGGUGAAGUGCUGGAAAAAUUCGGCAUCGCCGUCGACAAGACUCUACUCACAGUUCAAGGACGUGUACUCCCUGCACCUGCGGUUGCCUACCUCGACGCGAAGAGAAAGGAGACUGAGGUCCGACCUUUUGGAGCUUCGUGGAACAUGAAGAAUAUCAAGGUCUAUAAGUCCGGCAAGCCAAUCCAACGAUGGGCUUUUGUCAACCUUGCACCAACCGCAGAUAACUACGUCGUUCCUAUUAGCAAGGCAGAGGAGUUUGCCGCGUUCAUGAAUACCAUGGAUAUCAGGAUUGCCAACAAACCGAUACCAGCUCCCACUCUGGUCAUCACCGCCGCAGGCUUUGAGAGAGGCAGUGGCAAUGAGUUCUUCAAGUGGGCAAAGGGUCAGAACAUUGAGUUCAUCCUUGUUGCUCUCGGUUCUACCGAUACUGCCAUGUACUCAUCCGGCCAGAAGCUUAAAAACGCUGAUCCCGGUUAUUAUGCUAACGUUGCCCUGAAAUGGAACCUCAAGGCUGGUGGUGUCAACCACAAGCUGCGCAACGAGUUUGGCAUCAUCAAGGAGGGCAAGACCAUGGUGGUUGGCUACGUCACACACCCGACAAACCUGCCUACCGGUACUAGCGACGACCAACCCAGUCUGGUGGGCUUGGUGGCCACUAUCGACAGAGAUAUGGGGCAGUGGCCGGCCAUCUCUUGGGAGCAAAGUUCCAAGCAGGAGAUGCUGGACGAGGUUUUGACCGAGGCCUUCAAGUCACGACUUGAGCUCUGGAAGAAGCACAACAAGAACCAACUGCCAGAGAACAUUGUCAUCUUCCGUGAUGGUGUCUCGGAGGGCCAGUUCGCCCAGGUCCUUCAAAAGGAGCUGCCACGGAUGCGCAUUGCGUGCAACUCUAUGUACCCCAAGAACCAACAGCCCAAGCUGACCAUUGUCGUCUCUGUCAAGCGUCAUCAGACGCGAUUUUAUCCCACGACCGAAGACAACCUGCCAAAGGACCGCAACAUUCAAAACGGCACCGUUGUCGACCGCGGCGUCACACAGGCUCGGUAUUGGGAUUUCUUCCUGACGGCGCACACCAGCCUCAAGGGCACGGCCCGACCGGCUCACUACACGGUGCUGCUGGACGAGAUCUUCCGUGCCAAGCACAAGGGCGAGGCGGCCAACGAGCUUGAGAAGUUCACCCACGAGCUCUGCUACCUCUACGGCAGAGCUACCAAGGCGGUCAGCAUUUGCCCUCCGGCCUACUACGCAGACAUUGUCUGCACCCGAGCCAGGGCCUACCGACCUGAGCUGGCGGAUGUUAGCGAUACCGACAGCGUCGUUACUGGAGGCGCUGGAUCGAGCGUCGGUGGCAGCAAGCAGGUUCACGAGGCCUUGAAGAACUCCAUGUACUACAUCUAA